GGUGGAGAGCUAAAACCAGGCAGCCCCGGACACAUCGGGAGGAUAUUCAACACAGGGAAAAUGGAAGUAUGUGUUCUUUUAAGCUGAAGAGGGACCACAAAUAUGAGGCCCAACACCGCCUGUCUGGCUGUCAUUUGAGUGUGGAAGUGCACAUGAGAGCAGUGUUUGUUUACGAGGCGGUAGCAAGGUAAGCCUUCAGAGCAAUGGAAGAGAGGAUAGAGGAGAGGCCUGGAGCAGCCAUGGCGAAGCCCAGCCGUUUGACUGCCCUUCAGGAGCAGUUGAUCUGGGCCUUGCUGGGAUCUGGACUGUCCCGGGAUAUCCUGGUCCAAGCCAUGGGGGAAUUGGAGCGAGACAGGACGAGUGCUGGCACCGAGAGGGGAGAGAGAGGGGACGGAGAGAGCUCUGAGGAGGGAGAAAUGGAUUUUCCACCGCCUAUAUUCCGAGAGCUGGAGAAGCUUCACCCAGAGGAGGCGGCCAAACUGAGGGCUGAAGUUGACCAUCUACUGCAGGAGGACCCCUGGCACGUUGCUAAAAUGGUGAAAAGCUACAUGCAGCAGCACAACCUCCCUCAGAGAGAGGUGGUGGAGUCCACCGGACUCAACCAGUCCCAUCUCUCCCAGCACCUCAACAAAGGCACGCCCAUGAAGAAUCAAAAGAGAGCGUCUCUGUACACCUGGUACGUCAAGAAGCGAGGCGAGAUCAGCCAGCAAUUUACCAACGCCAAACAUGGCCUUGGCUCUGCGGAGGAGCAAGGAGAGGAGUCUAAGAAAGGACGGAGGAACAGAUUCAAAUGGGGUCCAGCGUCCCUGCAGAUUCUAUUCCACGCAUACGAUCGACAGAAGAACCCUAGCAAAGAGGAGAGAGAGGGGUUAGUGGAGGAUUGUAACAGGGCAGAGUGUCAUCAGAGGGGGGUGUCUCCCUCCCAGCUCGCUGGCCUUGGUUCUAACCUGGUUACCGAGGUCCGCGUGUACAACUGGUUCGCCAACCGCCGCAAAGAGGAGGCCUUCCGUCACAAACUGGCUCUCGACACACCUUUUACCAACCAAUCUGCCUCCUCUUCUCACCCCAACCUCCCACCGAGCCCUGAGCAUGUGUAUUGGGGCCUGACAUCUUGUUUUCCAGGGGUGAAAUACAGCCAGCAGAUCCUUUGCGAAAGCGUGAGCUCAGCCAGAGGAAGCACAGGAGAGAGAGUGGGACGUCUGGUGGUCAGCCCCAUUCAACUGGAGCCCAGCCACACACUUCUCGAGACACAUAACCACAAGCUGGUUUCCGGCGGUGGCCCACUGCCCCCAGUAAGCACUCUGACCUCGCUGCACAGUCUGUCUGCGUCCCCUGCCUCCUCACAGGGCCUCAUCAUGGCCUCCCUGCCCAGCGUCAUGAGCCUGGGGGAGUCCUCGCUUCUCAUUGGUUUAGCCUCCACGCAGUCUCAGACCGUGCCUGUAAUCAACAAUGUGGGGGGCGGUUUCACCACUCUCCAGCCAAUCUCAUUCCAGCAGCAGCUUCACGGCUCUCCCCAGCAGCCAUUAUCACACCAUCUCCAGAGUCAUAUGGGUGCCAGUCCCUUCAUGGCAACCAUGGCGCAGCUGCCAUGUCACAUGUACAACAAGUUGGAUUCGCCCCAGUACCAUUCGUCUAGUCUGCUGUCUCAAGCCAUGUUCAUCGCUGACAGUGGGGGCCUGGGGACGCUGACCAGCCUCACUGCCGUCAGACAGAAUCUAACAGCAGAUCCUGAGGAAGAGACAGAUCGACCUCUACAAGAAGACACUCUCCACCUGCAGCCGCACACACCUGUGCCAGCUUCCUCCGAGAGCCUCCAGCUGUAUCCUGCUUCUCAGACCACAGAAAGUCAUCAGUCUCAUCUGCUCUCCCCUUCACCAACAGACAUCAGCACUUACAUCCCUACACAAAUGGUCUCUACUGCACAGUAGAACUGUCUUCGCACAACUAGCUGGUAUGGUGUUCUGGAUGGACAGCUACCUCUGGUGUAAAUUUCCAUAAGAUACCUGGAGUCAGAGGCCACAAGGUGGACUCAGCUUCGAUGUUUCAAACUCUGUAGCACUGUAACACGAACAACAUUAGAGGAGAUUCACUUUUGAUAAAACAAUCCAUGUGAAAAAUCAACACCAGCAUUUAUUUUUA